UUGAUCUGAUUCGAAGCGGUUCCAUUAUGACCAGGUUUCAAUCCGAUUUUGAUCCCACCAGUUGCGGUUCGAAACUGGACCAUCGCCACCCCUGCUGCCUCCAAGGCCAAAGCAGCAGGACUAACGAAAAUGUAUCAAAAACAGUUGAAGCAGCAGUUGUGAGUCUACCUAUCGAACCCAGCAAGCAACAAAUAGCAUACCAUUUUCAAAUAUAAAUACCGAGCUGGUCAAAUAAUUUUUCCCCCCUAAUUCGCGACUUCACAAUUCAAUCAAUUAAUAUUCUGUUCCUUUAGGAAAAUUUUGAUGUUUGUUUUGAAGGUGGAGGAUAAAAAUGUCGUUGAAUCUUCUGUUGAAUCGUUCUUGUAGUGAAUGUGGAACGUUUACUAAAUUGUAUGAAACCAACUGUAUGCACUUGACUCUUUGCGUCACUUGUGGCGAAAACAUGGCCAAGAAUCUUGCCAAAUGCGAUGGCUGUGGCGCCUCCAUUACCCAUUUGAUUCGAGUUUGCCUUCUUCUCCUUCUUCUUUUGAAGAAUGUAAUAUUCGGUCAAGUCCUGUUAGCGACAAGAACUACUUUAUUGGUAGAUUCCAGACAGGGUUGCCAAAUUUUCCGAAGGGGAAAGAUUCAAAGAAUAAAUGGUUUCUCCAUAAAGGACUACGAGGACAGCAACUUAAGGAUGCCUUGCUGGAGCAGUAUAAGAAUAGGCCUUGGUUGUUGGAGGAUGAAGCAGGCCAGUCUCACUACCAAGGUCAUCUUAAGCUUGAAGGUUCACAAUCAGCAACUUACUACCUAUUGAUACUUAAGGGGAAAGAGAUUGUCGCUGUUCCUACUGGUUCUUGGUAUAACUUCAACAUGGUUGCACAAUAUAGGCAACUUACCUUAGAGGAAGCAGAAGAGAAGAUGAUGAAAAAGAGAAAGAAUGCAGCUGGUUAUGAAAGAUGGAUGAUGAAAGCUGCAAAAAGUGGGUCUGCUGCAUUUGGUGAAGUGGUGAAGGGGGAUAGGGAAAAGAUUGGUGAUGAUGAGGGCAGCAAUGGGUCUGACAAGGGAGAGGAAGAUGAAAAAGCGGAGACAGAAAAGAAUGAUGAUGUUGAGAAAGGUGAUGAAUGGGAGCAUGAAGAGAUUUUCACUGAUGAUGAUGAAGCAGUUGGUAAUGAUCCUGAGGAACAGGGAGAUUUGGCCCUUGAGGUUUCUACUCCUCCAGAAAUCAAGCAGGUUUUUAUUUGUUCUAUGUACCGACUCCAAAGCAGAAGGAUGCACCUAGGGAGGGAGUCUGAUGACAAUAGUGCUGCAAAACCAAUGCCUUCUGGUUCUUCUGCCCCAUCUGCUUCAAAGUCAGCAAAGGGUAAAAGAAAAUCAAGUGGUGAUGAUGCAAAACCAUCUAAUGGUAUGCCUCAAAAGAAGGUGAAGACAGAAAAUGUAUGGUGACAUGGUGUUUGCUUUAAAUGAAUUCAUAAAUAAUUAGAUAGUCAAAUGGGUGUGCUUUAGGUGCAACACACAACAGAUGCUUAGGACUAUUACCUCUGCCAUGAUCAGAUGAGAUAACCUAAAUGAUUAGAGUUUUUAUUGCUAAGGCUUUGCCUUUCCCAGGCACAAGUGAAACAUAGGAACCUCUUUUGUAUUUUGAAUACAAGUAAUUUAAUUAGAAGUAACAAAAAAAAAAAAAAGGAAUAAUACAAAGACCAGAUAGGUACUUUGAUGCUUUCAAUAGAAAAUAAAGACAGAGAAAAAAUAAAAGGGAGGAAGGUGCUCCAAAUAGGGUUUCCACAGCCCUCUUACAAGGAUUGUACUCUCUCUCUCUCUCUCUCUCUCUCUCUCUCUCUUUCUUCCCUAUUGUUCAAUUACGACCCAAUUUGCUCUCUCUCCCCUCUAUUCCACUCUCUCUGUCAUUGUCUCUGUGUCCCUACCCUCCUCUGCCUUCCUCUCAUCUUUUGUUUUCUUUCCAUUUUGCACACGUGAGAGGAUUCAAAUUGAUGCAUGCAUGUUAACUCCCAAAAAAGAGAGUAUUCACUACUGUUUAUUUAUUAACUUAUAAAUAUAUGGGGUUAAUUAUAAAUUUUCUAGAAAUAUUUUCACUUUGUUUGCACCUCACCCUUCAUACGUCUACACUUGUUCCUUGUGUCUAGACUAUAGAAAUCUGUGCCUUUAUGGUCUAAUUGGUUGAGCAUUGGACUUCUUAAAAUAAUCAAUAUUUUUCUUUAAAUUGCUAUUGUGUAUUAGGAAUUAAAAUGAAAUGUGAAAGAAGGAAGUGUUCCUGCUACUAAAAGUAGUGCGACUCCUAAGGGCCACUGUCAUCUUAAUCAUCAUCUACUGCACCUGUCUCUGCAAAACAGAUCAAGGCUGUUAUGUUGCAAACUGGUCCAAUAAUUGCACAAGAUCUUGUUGGCAGAGUUAAAUCACAGUUGAAAACUCCUGAGGUAUGCUACUUCUUGUUUAUUAGUCUGUCUGCUGGUGCUUCAUUUGUCGUUCAACAUCAGUGAAGACUCUCGUCUUUGGCGCUGUUGCAAAUUUUAAUAUCAAAACUCCAUUUUCAUCCAAGUGUUAUGCAAAUGCUCAAGUACUAAUUCAUCUCAGAUUGAAAUGAUAAAUCUCUUAUGAUUAGACCAUGUUGUUGUCUAGUGCUUUUGGUUGUUAUUCUAGAAUUCAGUGAGGUUAUGCAUGCUCUUAAAUAUCUACUUUGAGCAUAAUAAAGGUGGAACACAUUUUAAAAUAAAAUUUCUGUAAUCAGUUCAGAAGUAUCAUAUACAGUUUGUAAGAUGUAUGCCUUUAUCUUUGACUAGUGGUGUAUAUUAUAUGUGAUUUUUUUUUCUUCAUCGGUUAGAGGAAAUAUAAUUAAUUAUGUUUGAAAAUGUUGCGAAAUUUUAUUUCUAUCUUGCUC